GUUGUAACCACGAAUCGUGUCCAUAGAGUAAACGUUCAAGAUGUUAGAAAAUUAUUUACUAAAGAAUCAUUUGGGUGACUUGGAGGAGAUUUUAAACGCAAUGGACGUCAAUAUUUUCUAUUCGAUCCACGUAAAUUUUGUAUCGCUAUUCGAAGCAGACGCCGAUGUAGCGCAAAAAAUUCUGCGUUACCCUAGGCAUUAUUUGCCAAUGUGCGAUGAGGCAGCAAUAAAAACACAAGAACAAAUAGCAAAGCCAGAGCAAAGUGUGAAGAAAAGAGUACGUAUCAGAGUUACAGCCGUACCAGUCACGGUGGACCAAGGGCAGAUAGGACAACUGGUUUCAACCAGUGGCAUUGCGGUGAAAAUAUCACAGCCAACUGUGCUAAAGCUUACUCAAAGAUACAGUUGUAAAAAGUGCAAACAUGUCGCUCUUAUUAAAUACCAGUGGGAAAUACAAAACUUUAUAGAUAUUUCUGAAUGCGAAUCUUGUCAUGCAACAAAAUUAACAACCCUCACAGAUUUUGAUCUAGAAGAUUCAUCUGAUUAUCAGGAGAUAAGAAUUCAAGAUAAAGGCAGAGUAGACACCAACAGGUCUUUUGCUGAAGAAAUGCAGAUCAUCUUAUUGGAUGAUUUGGUAGAUAAGUGUAGGCCAGGGGAUAAUAUUGAAAUUAGUGGUGUAGUUGUACGGAUAUGGGGACAAUUAGAAGUAGGCGAGCGUUCGGAAGCAACGACCAUUAUGUUAGCAAACAGUGUCUCGGUACGUCGUAAAUUAUCCGAAACAGCGUCUACCCAAGAGAUGAGAGACAUUUUCAAGAAUUAUUGGAAGCAAUAUACUGAUAAUCCUUUACUUGGUAGAGAUAAUAUUUUAGCAUCAAUUUGCCCCCAGCUUUAUGGGAUGUAUACAGCAAAAUUAGCGUUGGCUAUCGUUCUAGCUGGUGGUGUGCCAAAGUGUAAUGAAAGCGGGUCACGGGUACGAGGUGAGCCACAUCUUCUUUUAAUCGGCGAUCCCGGAACUGGCAAGUCGCAAUUGCUUCGCGCGGCGUCCCGUCUGGCUGCAAGAUCGGUUCUUACAACCGGCAUUGGAUCAACAGCAGCUGGACUUACAGCGACUGCUGUUAGAGAUUCGGACGGUUGGCAUUUGGAAGCUGGAGCCUUGGUGUUAGCUGAUGGCGGAGUCUGUUGCGUAGAUGAGUUCACGACAAUGAGUUCACAGGAUAGGACUUCCGUGCACGAGGCCAUGGAACAACAAACGAUAUCAAUUGCCAAAGCUGGGUUAGUAAGUACGCUAAACUCUAGAUGUUCGGUCAUUGCAGCUAUUAAUCCAAACGGCGGCCAAUUUAAUGACGAAGAAGAAUGGGAGACGAACUUAGGGAAUCCCCUUUUGUCACGGUUUGAUUUAAUACUUCUUUUAAAAGACAACAGAAACCCGGAAUGGGACAAACUGACGUCAGAUCACAUUUUGAGAGCCGCUUACGAAAUUAGAGAAAACACAGCACAAACACAUUCGAAAAAUCAUAUUGAGCUUUUGAAAUCAGAAGGUCUCUGGAAAGAAGACACUUUACGAGAGUAUUUGGCGUAUAUACAUUCUUUGCAUCCGGUAUUGACGAAAGAAGCUGAACAGGUUCUUAGGGCGGCUUAUCUUUAUCAUAGAUCUCACCCAGAUAGAAGGGAAGAGAGAACAACAGUACGACUUCUAGAUAGUCUUAUUAGAUUAGCUGAAGGCCACGCGAAAUUAAUGUAUAAAUCAAAAAUUGAACUUAUGGAUGCCGUAUACGUAGUUAAAUUAAUUGGAACAGAAACUACCUUCGAGACAGAUCUCGGUUGUCCGUUUCCAACAGAUCCUAUGGCGGUAUACAGGACUGAAGCUAAAAAGUUAUUACGGAUCAUUGGCUUAGAACAGCUGAUAAAUUUGUUGUAAAUAUUUCCAAAAACGUAAAACCUGUGAUCGA